AUGUCUGCAAUGUCGACAUCUCACGAAUCCAUCAGCUCCAAGUCGUCGGGUCCUUACCUUGACGCAGCCUCUGAUGUGGAUACAGAACAACAGCUUCAAGCUGUCAAACAAGGUGAUAAGAACAAGGUGCUCCCAGAGGAACCUGUAACUGCGCCGGCGCCGGCUUUGACCACUCAAUCUCCUUAUCUAGCGAGCUCAGAAGAUCAACCGUAUGCGCCGGGGACUGCUGCAAAUAUCGAAGUGCCGCCAGAGGCGCAUGUCAAGUUGCCAGAUGCGCCACCGAUACCUGCUUCCGAGGCCCAACGUCACCCUACCUGGCUAGAAGGCCCAGAGCAUGAUCGCCAUGGUGGUGGUCAUGCACGCGGAAACUCAAAUGCUACGCUCGUGCGCUCUCUCAGCCGCAUCUCGCUGCAUCAUAAUGGGUCGCACGCACCCACUGGACCGCAUGCGAAUUUGCACCUAAGUAAGCACGAACUUGAAACCGGUACUUGGGGUUUCGAAGGUCAUCGUGGUGGUAUGGAGUUCCCUGAGUUGGCUGGUAUCAAUGUAGACGAAAACGAGCCUGAAGAUGGUCGUCCUGUGCCGACUGAGGCGGAAGAAGAGGCGAAAUAUGAGGAAGAGACGCAACAUAUCCUUGUCAAGUGGGAUGGCAAAGAUGACGGUGAGCACACCCUGAAUAUGAACUUCUAUUAUCGAUGCUAUCUUACCGUCCUUGCCGGUGUGCUUACGCUCUGCACGGCCUUCACGUCUUCAGCUCCUUCCGGUAUUAUUGUUGACAUGGUCGAGGACUUUAAGACUACGCCUAACGUGGCCAAAGCUUCCGUUUUCUUGUUUGUGGCCAGUUUCUGCUUCGCGCCGCUUAUUUGGGCACCACUUUCUGAGACGUUUGGACGGCGUAUUGUGUUUAUUAUCAGUUUUACUGGGUUUGUAUGCUUCAAUGUGGGAUGUAUGCUAGCGCCCAACAUUGGAUCCAUGAUUACAUUUCGUAUUCUCUCCGGUGCUUUUGGCUCUAGUUCUCUGUCCAAUGCACCAGCCAUGAUUGCCGGUCUGUUCCACAUUUACUAUCUUAUGACGGGUAUUGUCAUUUUCGCUAUUGCACCAAUUGCUGGCCCAUGUAUCGGCCCCAUUAUCAGUGGUUUUAUCGCUGAUAGUGGUACAGACUGGCGUUGGUUGUUCCGUGCGUGCACCAUCUUUUCGUUUGUACUGCUUCUCCUUGUCAUCUUUACAAUGGCCGAGACGCAUGACCCCAUCCGUCUCCGAAUGAAGGCAGAGCGCCUUCGUCGUGAAACGGGUGACGAUCGGUACGUCGCACCUAUCGAGCUUCGUAAAGUGGAUCCCAUGAAGAUGGCUGUGCAAGUUGUGUGCAAGCCUAUUAAAAUGCUUUUCUUUGAGCCCAUGCUGAUGGCUGUAACCAUUUACAUCGGCUUCGUUUAUGGUACUCUGUACCUCCUCUUUGUUGCAUACCCGGUGGUGUUCAUACAGCUUCAUGGCUUUAGGUGGGGUCCAGAAGGUCUUACGUUCUUGGGCUUCUUCAUCGGCUGUUUCCUCUCGGCUUUGUACUGUGUUUUCGUUGAUCAGACGCUCUACCUAAAGACUAUCAAGGCCAAGAACGUGAUUAUGUUACCAGCUGAGCGCCGACUCAUGACGUCGAUGAUCGGUGCUCCAUUCCUCACGAUUUCCUUGUUCUGGUUCGCAUGGACCUCGUUCUCGAGCGUGUCGUUUUGGAGUCCUCUGGUGGCUGGUGGCAUGUUUGGUGCCGGCCUGUUCUUUAUCUUCUUGAGCCUUAUGACGUACAUCACCGAAGUGUAUCUGCUGAACGCGGCUAGUGCUAUGGCUGCCAACAUGGUGGUACGUUCGGCGUUUGGUGCGGGAUUCCCCAUGUUCGGUGAGCCCAUGUACCAUAAUCUCAACCCACGCUGGGCCACAACAGUGCUUGCCUUCAUUGCACUUGCCAUGGUGCCUAUUCCCUUUGUGCUGUACAAAUUUGGUAACAAGAUCCGUUCUCUCUCCAAGCACGCGCACCAUCCCUCGUAA